CAUUUAAUGUGGAAGUAUGUUUUACGUGGAAAUUAUCAGGCGCCUUUGAAUCCAAACAUGAAAAAUUGUCUGGAAGUAAGCGUUGGAAACGGUGUUUGGAUAAAAGAAAUGGCAUCUCAAUUUCCCGAUUGUCAUUUUGAAGGGAUUGAUCUUGAUCUCUCAAUAUCAAACGAAGAUCUUCCAAGUAAUUGUACGGUUACGAAGGGAGAUUUUACAGCCCUCCCUUAUCCAGAUGAUCACUUUGAUUACAUACAUUGUAGAUUGUGUUUCACUUGGUUGCCAUCUAACAAGAUUGGUCCCAUAUUGGAUGAAUUCAAAAGAGUAACCAAGUCUGAAGGUUGGAUCGAGGAACUCGAUCUCUACCCACGCAAUACUGGGACGCAUUAUGAUAGCUGGAAAAGCACAUGGAAAUUACUCAACGACAGCAAAUUUUAUGAUGUAAAAGUAAUCAGAUCGCUCGGCGAAUCUCUCAGGACGCGCAAUCUU